AGAACUUUGAAACGGCAUGCCACUUACCAAACCAGCACCACCACCACCAAAGCCAACAUUUGACGAAUUCUCAACACCUGCAGAUUUUAAUGACAAGUUCAAAAAGAAGGAGACAACAAAGUACAUGAACCCAUGUUCGGUUGAGGAGAAACAAAGCAUGAAGUGCCUGGACAAAAACAAUUACGACAAGUCAAAAUGCGAUUACUUUUUUAUCCAAUACAAGGAAUGCAAGAAGAAAUGGCUUGAGGAUAGACGCCAAUUAAGAAGAAAGGGCUUAUUGUAAAUAAUCUUAAGUUCACAAAAUCUGCAGUAAUUUGACAUCUCCAUUUACAUUUUUAAAAACUGAAAGUUUAUUUUACUACACAAGACCAUCACGCACAUUCUACACAAUUUAAUGUUCACACAUAGACUCAAUCACAAAAUAUUAUAGAAUUUAAAUGC